UUAGUCGAAAGUCGACUUAGGCGUCCCUGUGCCAUAGUAACCGAAGUAAACAAACUCAGUUUUAGACUUCCAAUUUCUUUCAGUAGCACAGGCCUAAGAGUUCAUUUUAUUUAAAAAUGUCAUAUGAAAAUUGGUUAACUUACCUUAAAAGUGCCGAGAAAAAUUCAAUGCUAAGCGGCAAAACUCGUAAAGUUUUCUACAAGUUUCCCGACGGAAAUCAAAUGGCUGAAGAAUAUAGCAUGGAAACCGGAGUUGUACAAAAAAGGGCCUGGCGCAAAUGUAAGCAGCUUAUGGGAGAACCAGAAUGGGAAGUCGAAUUAGGAGAGGAUACUCGACAAUUGGGUAGUGCGGGAGAAAAGAAUGACAUUCGUAAUGAUGAUGGCAGUUUUAUGGUAAAAGUUUGUAGCAAUGAACCUAUACUUAGCAAACGUAUUACAAAGAAAAAUAUUGAAUGGAGAAUUAGAAAUCUACCAUAUCCCCUGGAGGUAUACAAUGUUCAAGCCGAUGCAGAGAAACGUGCCAUUGUUGUAAAAACCACCAAUAAAAAAUAUUACAAAGUGAUUCCCGUACCAGACUUGGAUCGUUGUGGUAUAUCACCGUCACAGGAAAAUAUAAUGGUUCAUCAUCAAUACAACACAUUGAUAAUAACCUAUAAAAAACCAGAAAUUCUUUGUGAAAUGGAAGCCCAAGUGCUGCUUUUGUUGAAAGAUGUUGAGACCGAAACCGAUAUGGAAGAACUCUUACAAGGUCUCUUAAAGAAAUAAAUAAAUCGACUUGGCUUUACAAA